GCUUCUUGCUGACCCAGCAAUGGUCCCAUUGGGGCAUCAUAGGGAGCUUCUCGUUUACCUGAUGUUCAAGGCUUUUGUCGUUGAAGAAAUCAAGAAUAUUCUCAACUGGCAUAUUCUUAACUAG